AUGAGAUUGCCUAUAAAAAAAGGCUGUAUCUUUCUGUAUUUUAUAAAGAAUGUUGUGUCCAUUUCUAGUAUUACAGUGCCGAUAGAGAACAUUUUAAUGCCUGAUGGGUGUAGCGAAAGUAAAAAAUAUGAGUUUAUUAAAGAAUUAACAAAAGUUGGCAAUGAUGACGUGAUUUCUGGAAACUACAAAAAAGGCCUCAAUCCCGGUUAUCCUUUUGAUUCAAAUUUUAGUUCAAUUUUUGACAGCUCAGUGAGAUGUUCUACAAAUCGCGAAUCCAAUUCAAUGAAAAGAACGCCAUCAUUUGAUCCUUGCAGGUAUUCACCGCCUUACUCUCAUCCAAGUCAAUCUCAGCCAUCCCCUCAAACGUUUCCUCAAUCUCAUCCUAUUCCUCAGUCUAUGCAGCAGAUUGCCCCGCAAGCUCAGCCACCUGGCACUACUACUUUGCAACCAUCUGCACAGCCUGCUAUAUAUCCUAUCUAUGUACCUGUCCCCAUCAUAAGAACUGUUACCGUAUCAAUUACUUCUAGUAGUCAACAAACACAACCUACAACACAGCCAUCUAGUUUUGGUACAAUGCCUGAAGCAUCUCAGCUUCCAGGUGAUUGUAGCUCAUUUAGAGCUAAUAGCUAUACUGGUGGAACUAUAAACUGCGGAACAACGUCAUUUAAUAAGCCUCAGCAAACAGCUAAUGUCCAACAAAUGCCGUAUGCACAAUAUGCUUCGGCUUCAAAUACAGGCAAUGCUUGUAUUCCUACAGGAAAUGCUAGUUGUCAGAAUCAUCCACAAGGUAUAGCAACUCAAACACCAAUGAAAAGCUCAAAAUGCUAA